UUUUUAUCCCCAGUGAGGAGAGGGCAAGCAAACAUAUUUUAGAGAUCUCCCUGACUGAAAUCCACACAGGAUUAUAAAGUCACAGGAAAUAGAAAUUAAAGUCUGGUGUCAGUGAUGUAUACAGCAGUAUUACAGAAAUCUGUCACAGUGUCUGGUGCUAGUCGGUGUCUUCACAUUACCCACGUAUCAACAGACCGGGUCUGGAUCAGUGAUGAUAAAGGCAAUCUCAUCUUAACUAACACAACAGGUGACAGACUAGAUCAAGUGACAGAUUUAAUUCAAUCUAUAUAUGAGGGUGGAGUACAUACUGUGACUCGGGAUAGUGCUGUGAUUUAUAUAGACAGUCACCAUAACAUCAUUAAACUGUCUACAGAUAAAGUAAAGACCACAGUGAUACCAUACACAUCACCAUGGAUACCACUGUGUGUCUACAGCUCCCCCUCCACUGGACACCUGCUGGUCGGGAUGUGGAAUACUGAUACAGAGACAGGCCAGGUAAACCGUUACACUGACACAGGACAACACAUACAGACCAUACAGCACGACAACACAGGUCAAGAACUGUAUGGACAUCCUAUAUACAUCACAGAGAACCGCAAUGGAGAUGUUAUUGUGUCUGACUGGCGUGGUUUUGGUGUUGAUGCUGUAGUGGUGACAGACAGUAGAGGAAGACAUCGCUUCUCCUACACAGGUCCUCCAUCAGGAUCACGACCACAUGGAAUCUGUACUGACGCGCUGUCACACAUCCUGGUGUGUGAUUCUAUCACCCACACAGUACAUAUCAUUGACCAGGACGGUCUCUUUCUGACACAGAUAGAGACCAAACAACACGGGAUAGACUCACCACGGGGCCUGAGUUAUGAUUGUGAUACACAGCUUCUCUGGGUUGGAUCAUACUACAACGCAGUAAACAUUUACAGACUUAUCAAUGAAGGAGACGAUCUGACUGGUGAGUUAUACUAUUGUAUCAUUGUGUGUUUUGUUUACAUGCAUAGGUAA